GCUGAUAAAAGUGCAGACGACAAAAAAGAGUGGAAGCCAAAACUCGGCGUGUGUUGAUUUUUUAAACAAUUAUUAUUAUUAAUGAAUUGGUGUAAAUAAAUUACAAUAGAAAUUAAAUUUUUAUAUUAGACAUUAUGGAUUAUAUAGAAGAACAAAACAACGAAGUUGAAGCAUUGGAACAUAUUUAUUCAGGAGAACUAGAAGUAAUAGCAACAGAACCUUUUCACAAAUUUGCAAUUCCAAUUAAAUCAGAGGAACACGAACCAGAAUCUAAUAAUGGUUUAGCAUGUCGAUUAGAAUUUACAUACACUGAGAAAUAUCCAGAGGAGCCUUUGAUAAUUAAUAUUGAAGAUACUGAAAAUUUUGAGGAUGGAAACGAUGAGGAAUUACAUGCCCAUCUUGUUGAGCAAAUGAAUGAAAAUUUAGGAAUAGUUAUGGUAUUUACUUUAGUUAGUGCCGCACAAGAAUGGCUUAAUGUUCAAUGGGAUAAAGUUAAAUUGCACAGAGAGGAAAAUGCAGCGUUGAAAUUAAAAGAGGAAGAAGAAGCAGAAUUGAAACGAUUUGAAGGUACAAGAGUGACAGUCGAGACAUUUUUAAGUUGGAAAGAGAAAUUUGACGAGGAAACGGGUUAUAAGAAACGAAAAGAAUUAGCUGAAAAAGAAGGAAAAAAAUUGACAGGAAGGGAAUUGUUUAUGACUGAUAAAACGUUGGAUCAAUCGGAUCUUAAAUUCUUGGAAGAUGGCGAUGCAGUGAAAGUCGACGAAAGUUUAUUUCAAAAUAUGGAUGAUCUGGAUUUGGAUGAUGACGAGGAUGAUCCGGAUUUUGAUCCAAAUAAUCUUUCCGAAGAUGACUGAAUGAAAGUUCUUGUUGAACUUUUCAAAGUCCUUUUUAUAAACUCAGGUAUGCAGAUUGGAAGUAUGAUGUAUUUUUGAUUUUUAAACAAUAUUUUUUAAAUAAUGCUAAAAGCAUUUUUAUCUAAAAAAUAUUGUUGCUGAAUAAUCUUCCCCUUGAGUACAAAAAAAAACUCUGCCUCUAUGAAGAUUAUGAAAUGAAUGAACGAUUGAUUUAUAAGUAUGUAAAUAGUCUAUAAUAUUUUCGUUCAUAAAAAUUUUUGAUUAUCUAAA